AUGAGCGUCUCCUACGAGCCACGGAACUUCAUCCACGACGGUGCUUAUGCGCCUGUCGGUGAACAUGAUCAUACGACCGUCUCCCUCGAUCGCUUUUCCGAUCCAGAUGUCGCCGACCUCGCUGCAGUCGCCGCUGGCACUUACACAGUGGGCGGCGACGUCACAUCCCCUUUCGCCGAUACCGAACCUCGACUUGAUCUUGGCCCCCCAGCCCCAGUGAAGGAGGACUCUCCUUUACCUGCGCAAACCCCAUCGCUUGCUCCUGCUCCGCGCAUUAAGCCCAUCCCAAAGCCAGACCGUCCGGUAACUAGGACAAUGGACGGAAAGUUCUUCUGCAGCAACCCAAACUGCACUGAAGAUGUCAGGGAGUUUCAGCGAAAAUGCGAGUGGAGCAAGCACAUGGACAAGCAUGACCGUCCUUACAAAUGCACCGCGGAUGGCUGUGAGAAGCUUCCUGGAUUUACGUACUCAGGCGGUCUUUUGCGACAUGAGCGUGAAGUUCACGGCAAGCAUGGUGGCCCGAAGAAUCCACUGCAUUGCCCUCACCCCAACUGCAAGCGGCAUAGCGGCAAGGGCUUCUCUCGCCAGGAGAAUCUGGCUGAACACCUGCGGCGUGUACAUACGGGUAACGGCAACCCUUCUGGCGGCGAGGAGACCGAUGAUGCAGUGAGCCUUGAUACGCCUGCGACUACUGGAGGAAAGCGGAAGCGGGGCGAAGGGGAGGAACUCGUGGAUCUGCGAGAAGAGGUUAAGCGUGUGCGUCGUGAGAAUGAGGAGCUUCGAAAGCAGGUGGACAACCAGAAUCGCCAAACUACAGUCAUGAUGCAACAGAUUCAACAACUCCGACAAGAGCAAGAAGCACUGCGCCUCGGCCCUACCGCGAAUUUGCUAUAG